GGCCCACGUAAAGUAGCUCUUACUUAAUUUUCACGAUUUACUGUAAUUUUGUUUCUAAAUGGCCAGCUAUCAGCCAUUAACGUCUGAGAAUCAUGAAGAGGCUGCAGACACCUUACACACACCAAGAUACAGCUUGGAAGAAAGCGAAGAUUCACAGUUAAUUUACAGCUCCAAACGUGACUAUGCGGAAUUAGAAGUUGACGACUCAUCAGCACCUGAAGAGGCACUUCUCAGACAAGAUCCCGUUGACGAAUCCCCAUCAAUUUUACGGCUACCCACAGAUGGAGGCUCCAUCUUUGAAAGCUUUGUCAAUAUGGCCAACAGCAUUGUCGGAGCGGGAAUCAUAGGUCUCCCGUUUGCCUUCAAAGAAGCGGGACUUUGGACAGGCGUGAUCCUGCUGAUCGGUCUAACGAUUGUUGUUGACUGGACUGUGCGUCUACUUAUAUUCAACGGCAAAUUGGCUAGCCAGACCACUUAUAUCGAUUUGAUGGACUUCGCGUUCGGUCGGCCGGGAAGAAUAGCGAUUUCUAUCUUUUCGUUCAUUUUUGCAUUUGGAGCUAUGUGUGCCUAUUGCGUAAUUAUCGGCGACACCAUACCCCACGUUAUAAGAUCCUUGGUUCCGACCAUCGAUAAGAUACCCGUCCUAUGGAUAUUCUCAAAUCGCCGGAUUUGCAUCACAUUUUUUACUGUGACAGUAUCAUGGCCACUGUCGAUGUACCGUGAUAUCUCCAAGCUUGCGAAAACAAGCGCGUUGGCGCUUUCUGCCAUUUUUGUGAUCAUCAUCACGGUUUUAAUAGAGGGACCCAAAAUGCCCGCCGAAAUCAGAGGAGCCCCUAUUGACCCCUUGAAUUUCAUCAACAAUGAAGUAUUCCAAGCCAUCGGUGUUAUUAGUUUCGCAUUUGUAUGCCACCACAACAGUUUUUUGAUAUUUGGGUCAUUAAGGCAACCGUCCAUGAAUCGAUUUGCGACUGUCACACAUAUUAGCCUUGGUGUGUCGUUUGUUACAUGCAUGACACUGGGACUGUCGGGGUUCCUUGUUUUCACAGACAAAACCACAGGCAACAUCCUCAACAAUUUCCCUCAAGACAAUCUUUUAAUCAACAUUGCACGUUUAGCCUUUGGCCUAAAUAUGUUCACUACCGUACCACUGGAAACCUUUGUGUGUCGAGAGGUCCUGGAACAUUUCUUCUGGCCUAACGAACAUUUCAAUGUCAAACGACAUGUUCUGCUUACCACCGGCCUAGUUGGAGCAGCCCUCCUCAUCUCCCUUACAACAUGCAAUCUUGGAUUCGUAUUAGAGUUGACUGGAGGGUUUUCAGCCACCGCAUUAUCCUAUAUCUUGCCGCCUGCGUGUUAUCUGAAACUAUCUGGUGGAAAUCUGUGGGACAGAAAUAAGCUCAGACACUGGCUUUGCAUGGUUUUUGGAUUUGUUGUGAUGGUCCUUAGUACGUUUCAUAGCAUUCAAAAGGCGUUCUCUGGGGACGACACCCAAACUCAAUGUGAUUUAUAAAUUAGAGGUAACUUAGAUGUUUGGCAUAGCGGUCAAGUCGGAGGAAAGGAAAAAAAUCAUCCAUUCAGCACCUUUUAGCUGCCAUUAAAAUAGAUCAACUAGGUAUGACACAGGUCAAAUGUAGAAAGACACCAUGCAUCUUAAUGGGAAAGACGUGUAACGAGAAUACGAGCCCGCC